UAAUAACUAACGGACAUAUAGGACUUAAAGAGAGCCAGGGAAAAAUGCCUUCAUUUCUGUUGUUGCUAAUUGGGGUAACAGUAAUAGAUUUUUCGAAUGCCUGGAAAAGUGUUGAAGAAUUACAUAACUUGCAGACAAAACUCGGGAAAAUCAGUCAACUGUCUCUGCUGGUCACAGUCAAUGACACCUGGGACCCAAGCGGGUGCAUUGAGACUAUAAAAACGCCACCUUUAACAUUAGGGAAGCGAUUUGGGAAGAUCGAGGUGGGAACAUGCGACUACGGAGCCAUCACUGUCAGUAUGAUGAAGGCUGGCAAUGGACGAGAUGCAAUGACUUUGGAUGUCAUGUUUGAAUCGCACGUUAUUGUGGACGCCGCCCACCCGGAAUGCCGAUUUAAUUGGAACGGAUCUUACCUUGUACCAACCGCAGAAAACCCAAAAAAAUCUCUCCUACCUGGAUGUUUUGUGAUGGACUCGCGCGAGGGAUAUCACAUGACAUAUUAUUGGUUCCAUCUUCUGGAUUGGAAUUUCUUAUAAGAGUUAUAAGAGAUACUUUGUAAUCAAUGCGACAUGAUACACUAAUUUCCUUUGUUUAUUGAAUUGACCACUUAAAAGAGUGAUAACGUGAA